AUGCGGCAGGAUGAGCGAAACCGGAAGUCAAACCGGGCUUCUCGAUGGGAGAUCUUCUUGUACCACCGGCACAUCCCGGAAACAGAGCAGGCCCCCAUCAACCAGGUGUAUGAGAAGGAGGUCGACCCGGACUCAAUGGACUACACCAUCGCGCGCCAACAGCUUCGCGACAACCAAAAGAAUUGGAAUAUUCCUCUCCAUAUACCUUGA